AUGGCGAAAGUCCUGCAGGUCGAAAUUGAAGCGGAGGAGGAGAAAAUCGAAGAGAUCUCGGAAACCCAAUUCGGGCUUUUCACCAAGCAAUUCGCCCGCCGCCACGGCCUCCACCUCGUCGGCACCGCCGUCUGCUGGUUCCUCCUCGACAUCGCCUACUACAGCUCGAAUCUCUUCCAGAAGGACAUCUUCAGCGCAAUCGGGUGGAUCCCGCCGGCGAAGACGAUGAACGCGGUCCACGAGGUCUACGUCGUGUCCCGAGCCCAAACCCUAAUCGCCCUUUGCGGCACCGUCCCCGGGUACUGGUUCACGGUGGCUUUAAUCGACCACAUCGGCCGAUUCGCCAUCCAAUUGAUGGGAUUCUUCUUCAUGACCGUGUUCAUGUUCGCCCUCGCAAUUCCGUACCACCACUGGACAUUGAAGGCGAAUCGGAUUGGGUUCCUGGUGAUGUACUCGCUCACUUUCUUCUUCGCGAACUUCGGGCCCAAUGCGACGACGUUUGUGGUCCCGGCGGAGAUUUUCCCGGCGCGGCUGAGGUCGACCUGUCACGGUUUCACGGGGCGCUUGCUCUGGCGGCGGCGCAGCAGCAGCAGCAUUACGAGGAACGGUUUUCCGCCGCGCAUCUGGGAUUCCACCACCACCAGCAGCAUAUGUUGUCGUCGGCGGAUCAAAUCGCGGAGGCUCUGCCGAGCGCCAGCGGCGGAGAUAGCGGCGGCGGUGGAGCGGCGGAUUCAGGGGAGAAUUACCGGAAAAGAUUCAGGGAGGAUUUGUUCAAGGAUGAAAAUCAACAGGGCGGAGAGAGUGGCGACGGCGGCAGGGGAUCUCCGAAUAGAAUCCCUAAAUUGGGUUGGGGAGGAAGGAGGAAGAAGGGUUGGGUAG